CCAUUGAUAAGUGAAUAUAAUCGGACGAGAAGAGAUGGUAGCAAAGUUUCCUGCCUGCUAGCCUAAUUCAUGUUGUUCUGGUUUACGGUGUCAAAAGUUUGCCUUGUGCAGGUGUGUUUUCCCGGGCUGUGAUUGUAUACUGACUUGGUUGUAAAGCUGAUUGUGUCAGUUGUAUGUGCUCUUUGACGUUUGAUUUCCAGAUUGUGACCUCCAAACUGUCGAUUGUGUGCUGCUGCUUUGGUAUCCUGUGGUAAAAGGAGUGAAGAUUGAGAGGACGGGUUGGUCCUCGACUGGCUCCCAAUUCAGCCAAAGGAGGAAGAAAACUUGAAUAGCUGUGUGCAGUCAGAUAAGGAUUAAGUGCUUCCGACUGUCUGUGCUACCAUAUCUGUGAUGAUGGAUGGUAGAUGUUAUGGCUGUGCAUCUAAGUUUACAGUCUUCAAGAAACGGUUUGGAUGCAAGAACUGUGGGCGAGCGUUCUGUUCUGGCUGCCUUGGAUUCAGUGCAAACGUCCCCCGUUGUGGAAAUACUCAACAGAAGGUAUGCAAGCAGUGCCACAAGGAAUUAACCAGUGGACCACAUCAGUCCAAUGCAGCUAAAUGGUCCCCACCAGAAAACUAUAAAAAGCGUGUAGCAGCCCUUGAGGCAAAGCAAAACCAGCCACAGGGUCCUCAGAAGGGCUUGGUGAAAUCCCAAAGUCAAACAGACUCUGAGUAUCGAGGGUUAUCCAAAGAGGAUCGAGCCAUAGCAGAGAGACUGGAGAGGCUCAAGAAGGAAUCAAAGUCCAAGUCCAUUCCAUCACAGGCUGAAAUAGAGUCCAGGCUGGCAGCACUGAAAGAUGACCCUGCAAAACCCAUUCCAUCCACCCAAGAGAUGGAAAAUCGUCUGGCAGCCUUGCAGGGCAGACCACUUCCCUCCACAGCUUCCAGGCCAAUUCAUCAGCUCUCCAAUACCAGGACACAAGUUGAGCAGUCAGAUGACCUGCUGAACCAGAUGGCUGAAGAAGUUGCUAUAGACCAGAGCUCAGAAAUCAACACACAGAGUUUGAAUGACUUAAAUCGAACUGAUAGGAUCAUCAGCAUUGCUGAUCUGGAUCCCAAACAGUUGGAAGAAGAGAAAAAUAGACUUCUGACAGAGGCUGCUGCUGAGCUGAGGGAAGAGAACACCCGGCAGGAGAAGAUUCUAGAAGUGGCCAAGCGAUUGGCUGUAUUGAGAGGCCAAGACCCUGAGCAAGUUACUUUGGAUGACUACAAACUCCCCAACAGUGAUGAAGAAAUGGAAGAGGAGGAAGCCAUUCAAACAGUUUUGCAACAGCUUACUGAGGAGGCAGCUCUGGAUGAAGCAAGUGGCUUCAAUAUUACUCCAGAUCAAUCUACCCAUUCAGUAAGUGCACAGCAGAAACCAGUCAAGAAACCAAAGCAGGCACAAGCUUCCACAUCUACUAAAGCCCUCAGCUUGCCUACUGAAGCAGCAGACAGUGAUGAGGAAGAGUUACCCUGGUGCUGUAUCUGCAAUGAAGAUGCUGCCCUGCGCUGCCAUGGCUGCGAUGAUGACCUCUACUGCCACAGGUGCUUCCGGGAAGGCCAUGAUGAGUUCGAUCGGAUGGAGCACAAAACUUCAAGCUAUCGCCCUCCUCAGAAGAAAAAAUGACACUGUGGAAGGUGAGGAGAGAACAAGAUAUCAAAUGCGUGAAGAAAAAAUUGCUGCUGAAGGGUAGGAUAUCCAGGAAAAGUGGACAUUGCAGACUCAACUGUCAGCUCACUGGACAAUAUGCAGUAUCCAGCAAUACAGUAGGCAACAUCUGUCCACUGGUAGCUUUGUGAGAAAGCCAAUGAUGCUAGGAGGAGAAGAAUAUCAUGCUUUAAAAGGUGAGUUGCAUUGCACAAAGUGACUCCAUAACUGGAUGAGAUGUGCAACAAGAAUGUCACAUAGGUAAUAAAUUAUUUGCAAGAAAAAAGUGUGAUGAAUUUUCUUUGGAGAAUAAAUGUUAAAAACCAUAGUGUUCUAGAAUUUGAGGAUUUAAUACCGUUCCACUCAUCUCAAGGUCACUUACAGUGCAAUCCUAAACAGAUUUACACACUUCUUAGUCAACUGACGUUUUAAAAGUGUGCAACUCUGCUUAGGAUCACACUGUAAAUCUAACUCCUCACAUUGAGGCAAUAGACAGUUUGACACCCCAGGCUGAAAUCAUUCAUGGAUGGAGGUAACUCUGCUGCUGAUCUUGUAGAAGCUUAAUUCCUGCCUGUAGUUCCAGUGAUGAAAGGAAGGGGAACUGCGGCCGGGGCAUGAGCUGCCCACCCGUGACACGCCCCGCCCCCCGAAAUGGCCCCGCCCCUGACACAUGAAGGCAAUGGCGGCGCCCGGGACAAGCCUCCUCGGAUGUCCCCAUUGCCUCUAUGCAUCUGUGUAGUUCCACCACAAGGUUUCAAGUUAGGAUAGGGAAGACAGAAGGAAUAGUUGAGUACCUGGCUCCUGUUCUUCUCUUUCUCUGAUGAGAUGUUCUUCAAGACUAACAGAACACUAUUAUAUACAAUGCAUAGUUAAAGGUGGCCACUGAUUUGGAAAGCAAUUGAGGAUAGAUUUGAAUAGAGGAAUUUACAUAUGGGAAUGUUCUUAUCUGCUUUUAUUCCCCAUGGGGACCCAGGGCAGCUUACAAAAAUGUAAUUUUAAAUGAACAAACAGGAAAAUGUACAAUAAACUAUAUUAUAAAAUAA